AUGCGCACAAUAUUCAACAACCUGCACAAACGAGUUAAAACCACGAAGCAAAGGCAUCGGAAAAAGCUGCUGGCUCUCGCACACCAACAAAAACCGAAACAUGUGAAACGAUCUCCGCAAAUCAUUGACAACUUUGUCGUCAACCUGUCGUCCGCUAGCCUUACACAAGCAGAACUAAAUCUGUUGAAUAAGGGUUUGAAUUUUGCCGUUUCUCCUUCGUGUGCACCGCUUCCCGACAUCGUAAACAACAUCGAGAGUGGCAUCCAGUACAAUAGCUCCACGUUGAAGUCAGUCAUUCGUCAUGAUGUACAGCAAAGUAUAUCGACCGCUACGCUUGACGGUGAUAAAGCGGAGCGCAUGAGUUUUGAUACAUGGUGCGUAAUACGUCAGCUCAAAGCGAGAGAUGUGAUCUAUUCCCGCGCAGACAAAGGAAACGCCGUGGUAAUCAUGGAUAAAACGGAUUAUGAUAAUCGCGUUUUUGAGAUGAUUAACUCAGGUCCGUACGAAGAGAACAAGUACAAGAACGGAAAGCCCAAGGAUCCACUCAAUGGGAUGGUUGAAGAAGCAAAUUCAGUCCGUCAUAAUGUCGCACGUUUGAUGGGUGAAGAGAAACUCGAACGACGUUUUCACGUCCCCAAUCCAAAAGUGCCUUCACUGUACUGCCUACCAAAAAUCCAUAAGAAUCCGUUAGCCAUGCGACCGAUUUCGUCAAACAUUUGUGCUCCCACUGAAAAAAUGGCUGCGUGGAUGGUUGAAGAAUUGAGGAAAUACCCGAUUUCUCACGGUAAAAGUGUUAAAAAUUCCGUGGAGUUUGCUGAACAACUAAAAGAGGUCGAGUUACGCCGAGGCGAAAUUCUGGUAUCGUUUGAUGUUACGGCGUUAUUUCCAAACGUACCAGUCCAGGGAGCCUUACAAAGUUUAAGAAGACACUUGGAACGGAAUCGUGUACCACCCAACCAAAUUCAAGCGUACCUGUUGAUUGCGAAUGUUUGCAUGAACCAGAGCUUCUUCUCGUUUAGAGGGAAGUUCUACAAACAAACAUUCGGUCUUAGCAUGGGUAACAAACUGUCACCACUGCUGGCGGACGUGUUUAUGAGCGACCUGGAAGCGGAUCUGUCUAAAGAAAAAAUAUUUCCCCGAGUCUGGAGACGCUAUGUGGAUGAUAUUUUUGCUGUUAUUAAAGAGCGAUAUCUUCAGCAAACGUUGGAGUUGCUCAAUUCACGGCAUGCGACAAUUCAGUUUACGGUAGAAAAGGAAAAUGACGGGCAACUACCCUUUUUAGACCUGUUGGUCUCAAGAACAGCGGACAACAAAUUAAAGUUCGGAAUCUACCGUAAACCUACUUCCACGGACCGCUACAUUACGUCUGAUUCAAACCAUUAUGGCGCUCAAAAACAAGCAGCUUUCCAUUCCAUGGUUCAUCGCCUCUUCAGUAUUCCGAUGGAAAAGGACGAUUUCGUAGCGGAAAGGGAUAAAAUCCAUAAUGCUGCAGUGGUGAACGGAUAUGGAAAGGAGUUCGUGGACAAAAUCCUUCGUAAACAUCAAAGAAAAAAGCACAGACUGGAUGCAACAACCCUUCGUCCGGAGAAAGAAGAAGCCCAGAGGAUAAGCCUUCCGUUUUACCCCAAAUUGACGAACCCAGUUCAAGCUGUCUUGAAAAGCCACGGUUUUCACGUGGUAUACAAAAGUGGAAACACUUUGAAGGACCACUUGUGCAACCUUAAGGACAGAGUAGCAUCUGGGGAAAAAUCCGGUAUAUAUGAAAUUCCAUGCCAAGACUGUCCUGCGGUAUAUAUAGGCCAAACCCGCCGAAAAUUCAGAGUUCGUUUGCGUGAGCAUAAGAAUGCAGUGGACAAUGAACGAGCUAACGAUUCUAGUGUAGCGGCGCACUCCACGGCCCAAAACCACAACAUCAAUUGGCCAGAAGCGAAACUAAUAAAAAACGUCCGAAAAGCCUCCCAAUUAAACGCAUGGGAAUCAAUGUUCAUUGCUACAUCCGAUCGUCCUCUAAUGAAUGAGGAUGAUCCUCCAAUAACCUCGCCGCUCUUCCACUUGACGGAACGGAUAAAACAACAACAAUAA